ACACCUUCAAAUACACAAACCCUCUCAUUUCACUAUCUGAUCGAGUUGUGUUAGCACCCCCAGAAUCACCAGUUACUCCUCCAAAUGCAUUGCUUUGCCGCCUCCCAGGACCUCAACAGUCCCGCGGCGGCGCACCACCCCUUCUCUUCUCCUCCCUCCGCUAGCGAUGUCGCCAUCGCCGUCGCCACCGCUGUUGCCCAGAACAUGCCCACGGACCACGGCGUCCCCGUCUUCGGGUGGGAAAACGGCGCUCCUUUUCAGAAAAGGUUAGAGGGAAAGGUGGCCAUCGUGACCGGCGGCGGCCGCGGCAUCGGCGAGGCCAUCGUGCGCCUCUUCGUCCGGCACGGCGCCCGCGUCGUGAUCGCCGACAUCGACGCCGCCGUGGGGGAGCCCCUCGCCGCUUCCCUGGGCCCCCACGCCUCCUUCGUCCGCUGCGACGUCGGCGACGAGGCCGACAUCGAGCGCCUUGUCGACCGCACCGUCGCCCACCACGGCCGCCUCGACGUUCUCGUCAACAACGCCGCCGUCCUCGGCCGCCAGGCCCCCAAGAGCAUCCUCCACCUCGACGCCGACGAGCUCGACCGCGUCCUCCGCGUCAACGUGCGCGGCGCCGCGCUCGGCAUGAAGCACGCGGCCCGCGUCAUGGUGCCGCGCCGCUCCGGCUGCAUCAUCUCGGUGGCCAGUGUGGCAGGCGUGCUGGGCGGUCUCGGCCCGCACGCAUACACGGCAUCGAAGCACGCUCUCGUGGGGCUGACGAAGAACGCGGCGUGCGAGCUCGGCGCGCACGGCAUCCGGGUGAACUGCAUCUCGCCGUUCGGGGUGGCGACGACGAUGCUAGUGAACGCGUGGAGGGACGGCGACGACGACGACGACGACGACGAUAGCGAAGCGGCGGAGGUGACAAAGGAGGCGAGCACGGAGGAGGUGGAGAGCGUGGAGGAGAUGGUGAGGGGGAUGGCGACGCUGAAAGGAGCGACGCUGAAGGGGAGGGACGUCGCGGAGGCGGCGCUGUAUCUGGCCGGCGAUGAGUCCAGGUACGUGAGCGGCCACAACCUGGUUGUAGAUGGAGGGGUCACCACCUCAAGAAACCUCGUUGGGUUGUAAGGAAACAAUUGUAAACUGCAAUGAGCUCACUAGCUAAUUAAUGAUUCUUUUUUUUUGUGUUA